AAGCUCAGGAAAGAAGCAGAUGAUAUGGCAGCUUUGAGAGCGACCAGGUGGAACUUGCUUUGUUACCGCGGCUAAACGUUUGGUUAUGAAGACGCUUUGAGUCAGAGACGGCGUCAGGGCAGCUGCUCGAAAUGAUUUACUUAAUACUGAUUUCCGCGUUCUCCGGAGCAGUCGUUACGUUGAUAUUACAGUUCCUGCUGAUAUACCGGAGAAGCCCCGAGCCCGUAGGCAGGACAGUGCAGUAUGUCAAAGUAGUGCCUGAUAACGCAUUGAAGGAUUACUUUAAUACCCAACAUGCCGAACCAGGCCAGCAGCAACAGGACAGCACACCAUCUGCUGCAUCAAAACAGCAAGAGGCCGUGUCCGGCAGGCAGCAGGAGGCGGCUGUCAGCGGCGGCAGCCCCAAACAACAGCCGCCACCGCCUUCUCAAAGCGAGCCCAUUGAUGCGGCCAAAGCCGAGACGUGCAAUUUCCUAAAUGCUAUCUUUCUGUUCUUGUUCAGGGAACUCCGAGACACCCCUGUCGUCAGACACUGGCUCACCAAGAAGAUUAAGGUGGAAUUUGAGGAGCUCCUGCAGACCAAGACAGCAGGUCGGCUCCUGGAGGGACUCAGCCUCAGAGAUAUCUCCCUGGGCAAUUCUCUGCCCGUCUUUAAAACGGCCAGACUUAUGAAGCCGGUGCAUAUGAACGAGGACGGCAUGCCCGAGGAGCUCAACUUUGAGGUGGACCUCGAAUACAAUGGCGGCUUCCACCUCGCCAUCGACGUGGAACUGGUGUUUGGGAAGUCUGCCUACCUGUUUGUCAAGAUGAGGCGCGUGGUGGGCAGGCUCAGGCUGCAGUUCACGCGCACGCCCUUCUCUCAUUGGUCGUUCUCCUUCUUGGAGGACCCGCUGGUGGACUUCGAGGUGAAGUCCCAGUUUGAAGGAAGGCCGCUUCCUCAGCUCACUUCCAUCAUCGUCAACCAGCUGAAACGGGUCAUCAAGAAGAAGCACACCUUACCGAACUACAAAAUCAGAUAUAAGCCCUUCUUCCCAUUCCAAGUGCAGCCUCCGCUGGGUUCGACCUGUGAUUUGGAUCUGUCAGUCCAGGACAGCAGGCUGGUGGAAGGCAGACUCAAAGUCACCCUCAUUGAAUGUAGCAGACUGUUCAUCCUGGGCUCCUAUGACAGAGAAACCUAUGUUCACUGCACUCUGGAGCUGAGCAGCCACCAGUGGAAGGAGAAGACCCGUAGCUCCAUCAAACGGACGGAGGUUAUCAAAGGGCCAUGUGGAAGUGUGGGGAUGACUUUCAGGCACGUUCCUGCCAGUGAAGGGGAUGCAGUCCACGUCAGCAUUGAGACGGUCACGCCCAACUCCCCUGCAGCCGCGGCAGACCUGCAGAAGGGUGACCGCCUCAUUGAGAUUGGAGGUGUCAAAGUGACAUCCUCGGUUCAAGUUCCCAAACUUUUGAAACAGGCAGGAGACAGGGUGGUGGUGCUUUAUGAAAGACCGGUUCGUCAUCAGACUCCCUUUUCAGGAAGCCUGGGAACUCUGCAGGAAGGGUUUGGGCAGCUAGAGGAAACAGGUUUUAUUCCCCAGCCAGGAGGGUAUGAGGAAGACCCAGCCCCCAUCACUACCCUUUCUGACAUAUCCGAUAACAAAGACAUGGACUCAGAGUUUGAAGAAUUGAUUGUGGACUCUAAACCUAGCCAGACUGGUGGCCCUAACAGCAGUACUACCAGUGAGACAAAGGAAGAUUUCUUACUUACAGUAAACCAAAGCCCCAAAAGGACCGUAGCCAACUUGGCCUCUAAGCCACUUGGUUCCAUAUCACCCAUUCUCAACCGCAAGUUAAACCUGGUGGGUCUCCAGUCUCCGCUAAAACCCCAACCCAAAGAAUCACCAAAGCCCUCACCACAUAAGACCAAUAGUGAUCCAGUGGAGGGUGUGCAACGCCCCACUGUUCCACCCCCACCUCCUCCCUCUCGCCCCCCAUUGCCACCAAGACCUCAGAUAAGGUUGACAUCAGCAUCCUCAGAAACCAAUCUUUUGGACAGCGUUGAGUCUGUCACAAUUACUAAUGCUACUGUUGCUCCUACCAUGACUACCACCAUCAGCACUUCUGAAAAAUCUCCAGAAAAAGUUCCACUCCCUGGAGCUAACGAGGAUAAGGCUAGCACUGAGAAGACUUGUGUUAAGCAGGCUGAAGCAAAACAAUCCACCAAGACAGCAGAGUCAAGUGAUGAGAUACUAGUUCUUCCCUCUGUCACUAGCAGCAGUAAAGUUGAUCAAGCAAAGGACAAAGCUUCAGAGAGCUCCUGCAGCACACGGGAUAGUCUAGAGGACCACUCUCUCUGGGAGUCCCCAGAAACCAUGUUUCGUAGCCAGACAGCACGCUGGCCCAAGGCGUCUGUGGUGUUUGAGGUGGAGAGCAACCAUAAGUACCUUAAUGUGGCCUUGUGGUGCAAAGAUCCCUUUAAGCUGGGCAGUUUGUUGUGCCUGGGACAUGUCAGCCUCCAACUGGACCAUGUAGCCCUAGAAUGUAUGACCACAUCUUCAGCAGAGUACCAGAGUACCUUUAGGUUGGGGCCUCCGGAGCCUAGAGCUAACGUUAGCCGCACUGCGCUACGUAGUCUCAGCACACACAAGGGCUUUAAUGAGAAGCUGUGUUAUGGAGAUGUUACUUUGAACUUCUGUUAUUUAGCUGAGGGUGAGUUUGAGUAUCCAGGGGGGCUGACAGAAAGGGAGCGAGAGGGGAGCCUUCAUGAUGAGGAUAUAAGGGAGAGGGAGAGAGAGAGGGAGCCUAUUCCCUCAGCACCCCGCGAUGACUUGGCCUACAGCACCAUCCAGUUGGUAGAAGUUCGCCACAACUUCCAGGACACCCAGUUCCAGAACCCCACCUGGUGUGAAUAUUGCAAGAAAAAGGUUUGGACCAAGGCCGCCUCUCAGUGUAUGAUCUGUACCUACGUUUGCCACAAGAAGUGCCAGGAAAAGUGCCUCGCUGAAAAUCCUUUCUGUGUGGCAGCAACUGAACGUCGUGGAGCUGACCCUGAAGCCAAAUCCACCAUAAACCGGGCUACAACUGGCCUAACGCGCCAUAUCAUCAAUACCAGCUCUCGCCUGCUUAAUCUUCGCCAGGUGCCCAAAACUCGGCUUGUUGAGCAGGUGACUGAUGUGGUUCCUGGAGUGGUGGAGCCCUCACCCAAGCAUACCCCCAACACAUCUGACAAUGAGAGCAGUGAUACUGAGACCUACACUAGUGGUGCAAGCCCUUCAAAGCAGCCCACCGGCAGUGGUGGCAGCAGUAAACUUGUGCGUAAGGAGGGUGGGUUGGAUGACAGUGUGUUCAUUGCUGUGAAGGAGAUAGGCCGUGACCUUUACCGAGGGCUACCCACAGAUGAACGUUCCCAGAAGCUGGAGUUGAUGCUUGACAAGCUGCAGCAGGAAAUUGAUCAGGAGCUGGAGCACAAUAAUGCCCUCCUGCUGGAGGAGAGGGAGGCCACAGAUGCACGCCGCAAAGCCCUCAUCAGUACUGCCCUGGCCAAGUCUGGGGAGAGACUCCAGGCCCUCACCCUGCUCAUGAUCCACUACCGGGCAGGCAUUGAAGACCUGGAGUCAGUGGAGAGCAUUUCUCCUUCAGACCAGCAAGGCUUUAAAGGCAAAGGAGAAGGCCUGGAGGAAGAAGCCAUGAUGGGGACAGACGUCUAUGACAGUGACAUAUGCAGCCCUGUGGAGGUUCAACUGCUGGAUGACAUUACAGAGGAGCAGAUCUGUGUGGAGGCACUCCACUAAAUAAGACCUGAAAAAAAAGAAGAGGACCAUGUGCUUUGGACUUGUGCCUCCCUGCAAAAAUUAUGUGUGGAUUUUGUGAUUGGGGGAAGUCAGAAGUCCGUUUUAAUUAUCAGUGAUGUUGGGCUCUAGUGUCUGAUUCACACAUUUUUUCUUUUCAUGUAAAAUGAAAGGAUUGUUCAAGGAUUUUCUUCCCCAAGGAUUAAGGUGAACCUGUUAUCGAUCGAUUGAUUGAUUUGCUCAGUGCGAUGUUGUUUCUAUGCUCUAGAUUUUUAAAGGGAAGCUUGAAAACUACUCCAUUUUCUGCCCUCAGCAGUGCUUCAUGUUUAAUCCUCCAGUUUGAUUGUUCUUUGGCAUCAAAAUAUCACAGUAAGCUUUAAUUCAGGUUGCUUUGCUGUCUGUAACUGCUUUAACAUUGGGACUUCUGUACACAUUACUUUGGUCUAAUGGUCUGAAUCAUCUUAAUUUUGGAAAAGGAAAAUAAUUGUUUAAUAUUUGUUUGCUGUGAAGUAACAAGCCCAUAUGAAGGUGACAAAGGCAGGUGUAGACAUUCACAGCGAUGGAAGGAUUCAUUUGUCUAAGGACCCUACAAGCAGUCACACGUCUUUUGUUUUGUGCACUUUUUACUGUAACAUAUUUGGAUUUUGGAAGUGACUUUCCCUGCUCAAAAUGCUCUUGGGGUUUUUAGCAGCUGCAUAAUCUUCAAUGAUAUAUAUAUAUAUUAUUUGCUUCAUUUGUUAGGUUUGUUAUCAGUUAGUUGGUUUACUUUGGUUAGUAUAAAUGUUUGAUUAUGUAACCAUUUUUUAAUCAUUGGGAUGGUGUCAGAUGUAAUUAUCUGGGGUGGAAAACUUAGAUCAAUUCCUAUUUGUUAGUUAUUAUUUAUUGUUAUUAUUAGCAAUAUGCAUAUUUUUGUCUUGCCAAGUCACGCUUUAUUCAGAGCACGGCUUAUAAAAUCCAACUAUGGCACAUUGCUUAAUGAUACUAACUACCAUGGGUGCAAUUUGAGAAAGGCACAUAAUUGACUUUUGAUCAAUUAUGACAUAAUUGACAUAACUGAUCUCUGAGUGAAUGGAGUCUGUGUGAUGAUAAAAUUGUCCCAACUUUUUAAAAAAUUGGUUUCAUAAGUAUGCAUGUGAAUCUCCAUUCUUUAUGGGGUGAUGUGAAGUAGUGCAGAUCAUUUGCCUUCAGGAGUUAGUUUCAUACCCAAAUGAAUGUAUGUUCCUUUUCUGUGUUUUGUGUACAUGCAGCUGUUUGGCACCGCCUCCCCCAGUCACCUUUCCUGGAAGUAGCUUAUUACGGUGAUUCUGUCAUAACCAGCUACAGCUUCCAAAACGCUAUGCUGUCAGUCUGACUUUUACACCAGUAGGCAGACAUGGGAAAAUAAGAGAGAAUAUUUAACUUUUUUUGUAUCAAGAGGAAAAAUCUACCCUUCACACCAUAAAGGUUUUAGAUCUGCCUUGAUGGUGAUGGGAGUUUCUUUCUAUAUGUUAAUGGUUGUUUUGCCAUUCACUACCACAGCACACAUUUCAAGCAGAGGCUGAUGAUAGAUACUCAGUGAAAUUAAAUUUGAUAACUUUCUAAAAAAAAAAAUCAUCUGUUUUCAGGAGGUGUUGGUAUCAGUCCAUCAGAACUGUAUAGGGCCAAUGUUUGAUUUUAAAAGGAGUGAAAACAGCCAUGUGUAAAACACAAUGCAGGAAUUCUAGUUGGAGUAAUUGAUGUAUUAUUUUGAUGGCUCAUCAGAAGAUAAAAUACUUCACAGUGGUUAAUAUUACACAGAAAUUAGUAAAUAUGAUUCCAGUAUGUUGUGUAUGUUACAGAGUAAUCUACCAGGGAUGUGCAUUGCAACUAUUUGGUAAACACCAGUGAUGUUACACUGUGUUGUGGCGAAAGUUGAAACGGUUUCGACUUUUUCCCCCUGACAACUGUGUGGUAGCACCGCUGUUGUGCCUCCAGAGUGGCCUCAUUUCAAUUUAUAAGGAGGCAGCACUUUCUUAGGCUGCGCUGAUGUCUGUCUAAACACCUUUAGACUACAUCCACGCUAAUUCUCAGUUUUAAACGCCAAAAUAAUGUUUGUAGAGACAAGUCCUGUGGCACCUUUUCAGAAAUGAUCUCCGUCCAUACUUACAUGCCUUACAAGGUGUGUCACAUGACCAUUCACGUACACUGAGCCAUGCGGGUGCCAGUGUUCUCAAAUUAAGAUGUUUUCUUAAAUGUGUUACAGUUUCUAGCAGAGAAAACGAGGUCAGCAAUGAUUGUAGUUUGUUGUCAAUCUAGAAUUAGACCAUGGUAGUCUGGGCAUAUGUCUUUGUUUCUUCUGGAAAGUGGUCACAUGAUAACUCAUGAAUCAUUUCUGCCUGUUUAGAGAAAAACACACUUCCGCCAUUUUGAGACUAAAACAGUGAAUCAGACAAUCUCACCAUUAAGCCCAAUUUACAUAGUGAACAGGUGUGCAGCAGAGCAAAAGUGUCAUUUUUGCCUUAAUAUUUCUUCUGUACUUUUUUUCUGCAACAACUUCGCUUUUUGUGUGAACAUGAAGUAAUGCUUUUGAGGAAAAACUGAGUGUUCUCAUUUGUACAAUUUAUGGCGUUGUGACUAUACACACACAAGGGUCCUGGAGAGUUUAGCCAUUUGGAACAGGAACGUGAACACUUAUCUUCAGACAUGUUGGGUAAACUAAUUCAAGCAUAUGGAGGCCUUUAGGUUUGGGAUUUCCAGCCUUUAUAGCAAUGGAGACCAUUUAAAAAAACAAAACAAAAAACUUUGUUGUGGGUCAGUCACCUCUAAAACUUCAUGACUAAAAUAACAAAUGGGUUCUAACAUCAAGUAGGUGAACACACACAUUUAGGCCUUUUGUCUGCCCUACCUACCCUGAUGAAACGGCAAAGUGCUCUGAAAAUAUGGCACUCAUUAACUAGCUACUUGCGGCAGUCUGAGGACUACAGCUCUCACAUCACAUUGAUAUGUUGAAGAUGAUGGACUGACGAGUUUGUAGACUGAAGACCUUCUUCAGUUAAAGUCAGUCUGGUUUUAUGAGCCUGGAUUGUAGUGAAAAGGCAGCCUCAAAUAGCCUCACAUCUGCUGCUUAAUUCUUAUCAAUCAUCGCAUUUAAAAACCCAAGCUAAUGGAAGAUUCAGCAACAAUAAAAAUAACAAAAUGCACUAAACAGUAACCAUGGGUAGAUUUUUCCUUGCAGUGCAUGCAGUGUAACUCUAAAAAAGACUUAAUCAUGUAGAUUAAGAGGAAGCAAAGGCACAUUUCAUGUUCUUUUCAGUGUAGUAAAUAUGUUGCUUAUGUAGAUAUUGGCUCACUGGCUGCUAUACUUGUCAAUCUCUGUAUAUCCAGAUUUUUUGUGCAAUAUUUUUGUCGGAAAAGAAGCUGAUAAUCAGGAAUGAAUCCCCAUGUCUGUAAUUUUUCUUCUUUUCUCUGUAAAUGUGUGAAGUCUUUGUACCCAUCUGUCUGGUAUUGUAAACUGGGGGGUGUUUGGGGACCAAUGAGAACCUCAGAGGAGUUCACUUCAUACCAUAAACAUCUCUCUUGGCCUAAGAAGCACUGCUUUUGCUGCUGCUGCUGUUGUCGUUACAGUGUGCUUUUCCACAGAACUCAUAUUCACAUGCUACUUGCCCCCUCCCCCAGCCCUAACCUUUGAAACUGCACAUACAGUAUGACUGCCCAACCACGCAGCUUUCAGAUCGAAAUCCUGUUUUUCUUUUUCUUCUUUUUUGUUGUGUAUGUGAAGGAUGUUGUACAACAAUUUUUGAGAAAGGUUCAUCUUAUGAAGCUUUAUUGUACAUAACCUAAAUAAACAAGAUCAAAUGAAUUACCAUCA